AUGGUCAGGUCUACUCAGAUUUCCAGGCUUGACGGCCUUAUGCUGGCAGCGUCUGUAGACGAUGAACAGGCCGAAACAGAGCUCUCGGAGAUCAAAGGCCAAGUCAAGAUGAUUUUCCGCCGCUUGAACCGCAACUCAGCACCGCAAGCGAGCAUUGAGUCAGGCCAGUAUAACCUACACUAUCUCAUUCAAAAUGACGUCUGCUUCCUCUGUAUAUGCGAUCGCUCAUACCCCCGCAAACUUGCCUUCACCUAUCUCUCAGACAUCGCAACCGAAUUCACGAAUACCUAUUCCGAGUCGCAAUACCUGUCCCCCAGCCUACGACCAUAUGCGUUUGUGGAAUUCGACACAUUCAUCCAGCGCAGCAAGAAAACAUACCAGGAUAGUCGAGCGUCGGCCAACCUCGGCCGUCUUAACGAUGAGCUCCGUGACGUAACGAAGGUGAUGACAAAAAACAUUGAAGACCUGCUAUACCGAGGCGAUAGUUUGGAGCGUAUGGGCGAACUGUCCGGCCGUCUGCGCGAAGACAGUAAGAAGUACAGGAAGGCCGCCGUACGCAUUAAUUGGGAGCUGCUGUUGAAGCAGGUGAGUUUGUCGAAGAAGUCUGAUCAUGGCUAG